CAAGCUGCCUGUGCGUCACUCUCUCUAAAUCAAGUAUUUAUUCAUUUAUUCUUUUUUUCUUUCUGACCAUUGGUAAUAUUUUUUGAAAAAAAAAAAAUCCAAAUUAAUGUUUUGCCUAACGCAAAGUGUCUUACAUACUUUGUUGUUCAUCUACGACCCAAGAUCCUCGCCCCCUCCCCCCAAGCCCACCCAUGCCUUUGGUUCCUCUCCGUCUCGCUAUCCAUGGGUCGGUUCCACACACUCUUAUUGCCCUUAUUGCUCUUAUUUGCUUUCUCCAUCCAAGCAUCGCCUUCCGUUUCACACCGCCGGAAUACUUCCUCUCUUCCUCUAUUUCUCUUUCUCUCUCUCUCGUCCUCUUUCUCUGCUGUCAAUCAACCGCUUAUGUCUGUCUGUGCUGGAAGCAGAUCCAUCCCUUAGCGAUAAAUAAAUAAAUAAAAAAAUAAAAUAUCAUUUAGGAUUAGUACAAUACCAUCACCACCACCACCACCAUUAUCAUCUGCGUUGUUCCUUGUGCUUCGAACUUGGCUUCCACUUUCUAUUCUCUUUCCUACCCUUCUUCCCCGAUUUAAUUCCUUCACUGAGCAGG